AUGUUGAAAGACAAGUGCAUAUGUUUGAUAUCUCAAAUAACAAUAUCCACAACAAAAAAAGGUAAUCUAGAAAGACAUUUUAGAACUACGCAUUCAAAAUUUGAUAUAGAUGUCCCUCCUAAAACUGAAGUACGUAAAAAUCAAUUAGAAAAAGUAAAACUUGAAAUUGAUAAACAACAAUUGAUUUUUACUAAACCAGUUUUAAAAUCCAAAGUAGCAACAAUUGCUUCAUUUCGAAUUAUUCAUGUUUUAGCUAAGAAUAAAAAAUCAUUUUAA